ACAACAAACGUCAAACUCUUUUUUUAUACAAUUUUAAAUAUUAAUUAUUAUAAAAUAUAUAAUAUAAUAUUAUAUUAUACAAGUUACAACCGUUGAUUUAACCAUAUUCUGUUACAGACCAUAGUGUCAUUCUAUGAUUGAAUUGUGAAAUUUAUCAGUUAUUCUGUGUUAUAACUACUUAUAAUAAACAAUAAUUAGAGAAUUUAGAUACUAAAACUCAAUUACUAUUUACUGGAUUGAUAAGUAAUGUAUAUUGACUAUUGACUGUUCUGCCUUUUGUUUAAGUUAUUCAGUAUACAUUGUACAAUACUACAGUAACCAAUUUUACAUUUUACCUACCUAGUUCUUCUACAUUUUUAUUUCGAAAACUAUUUUUUUAAUAAUUAUUCAGAUAGAUACUUAAAUAUGGCAUCUAAUUUGACAAAAAUGGUCAAGUUCAAUAAUGGUCAAUUAUAUCCAAUUUUAGGUUUGGGAACUUGGCAGGCAUCAGCUGUCAUUGAUGAUUCUCAACACACUGCGCUCAUUAACUCUAUAAAAAGUGCGAUUGAUAUAGGAUAUCGUCAUUUUGACUGUGCUGCCAUUUAUAAUAAUGAAAAACUUUUGGGAAAGGCUAUAAAUGAUAAAAUUUUAGAAGGCGUUGUUAAAAGAGAUGAAUUAUUUAUCACUAGUAAGCUUUGGAAUGAUAAGCAUAGAUUUGAACUGGUGGAAGAAGCAUUGAAGAAUACUUUGAACGAUUUAUGUUUGAGUUAUGUAGAUUUAUAUCUUAUUCAUUGGCCUUUUGGAACUAGUGAAGAUCCUAAUGCUACUGACAGUGAAGGGCGAUUAUUAGGUUCUGGUGUCUCUUAUUUAGAAACUUGGAAAGCUAUGGAAGGAUGUGUUCAAAAAGGUCUUACAAAAUCGAUUGGAGUGUCAAAUUUCAAUAUUAGACAGUUAAAAGAUAUUUUAGAAAUAGCUACCAUUAAACCAGUUGUUAAUCAGGUCGAGUGUCAUCCUUAUUUAACGCAAAAUAAACUGAAAGAAUUUUGUGAAAGUAAUGGAAUACUACUUACUGGUUAUGCACCAUUAGGAUCAGCAAAAAGAUCAUGGGCCGGACCAGAAGAAGAUGCUAUUUUAGAUGAACCCAUCGUAAAACAAUUAGCUGAUAAAUAUAAGAAAACUAAUGCUCAAAUAUUAAUAAAGUUCCAAAUCCAAAGAGGUGUUAUAGUCAUACCAAAAUCAUCCAACCCAAAGAGACAGAUAGAAAAUUUUGAUGUCUGGGAUUUUGAGUUAACUUCACAAGAUAUAGAUUUACUUGAAUCUUUGAACAAAAAUGCUCGUUAUUUUGAAUUUAAUACUAGUUCUAAAGUAAUUCUAGAGUAUAGGUAUAUUCUACAUCAAUUGUCAUUAUAUCAAUUUAUUCAUUAUAAAGUGUUUGAGUGUUUAUUGUAUAAUAAUAUGUCGUCAUCUUCAUCAGUGAAAAUGGUGAAAUUCAACAAUGGUCAACAGUAUCCAAUUUUAGGAUUGGGUACUUGGCAGACCAAACCUGAAUUAAAAGAAUCUGAACAAACAGAAAUUUACAAUGCAGUUAAAAGUGCAAUAGAUAUAGGAUAUCGUCAUUUUGAUUGUGCAGCUUUUUACAACAAUGAAAGUUCUAUAGGAAAGGCUAUUGCUGAAAAAAUUAAAGAAGGAGUCAUAAAAAGAGAAGAAAUAUAUAUAACUAGUAAGCUAUGGAAUAAUAAACAUAAGCCUAAUGAAGUUGAAGGUGCAUUGAAGAAUAGUUUGAAAUUAUUAGGUUUAGAUUACCUAGAUUUAUACCUUAUUCAUUGGCCAGUAGCAACUACUGAGUAUCCGACUGUUUUAGACAGUGAAGGACGGUAUAUUGGCACUGAUGAUUCUUAUUUAGACACAUGGAAGGCUAUGGAACAAUGCGCUCAAUUAGGACUCACAAAAUCAAUUGGAAUUUCAAAUUUUAAUAUUAAACAAGUGAAAGAUAUUUUAAAAAUAGCAACUAUAAAACCGGCUGUUAAUCAGGUUGAAAAUCAUCCGUAUUUAACUCAAAAUAAACUUAAAGAGGUUUGCGAGAGUAAUGGAAUACUAUUAACUGCUUAUGGACCGUUAGGAUCACCUUACAGAGGUGCAAACUCAAAAGGAUUAGUACUUUUAGAUGAACCAAUUGUUAAACAAAUAGCCGACAAGCAUAAAAAAACCAAUGCUCAAGUACUAUUAAGAUUUCAGGUCCAAAGAGGUGUUAUUGUCAUACCAAAAUCAUCUAAUUUAGAAAGACAAAAAGAAAAUUUUGAUAUUUGGAAUUUUGAGAUUAGCAAGGAAGAUAUGGACUUACUGCAGUCAUUAAACCAAAAUUUACGAUAUGUUCUUUUCAAACCAGGAAGUCACUUGAAAGACUAUCCGUUUAAUGAGGAACCAUGAACAUCAGUGAUAAUAGCAGUGCUUUGAUACUGUAAUAUUCUGAAUAAGAAUUAUAUGAAUAAAUUUAAUUUUGUUUUUUAAAAUUAAUUAAAGAGACUUAAGAAUUAUACUGUUAUGUAAAAUUAUCCAAAAUUAAAAAGAAGCAAAAAGACCUUACUACUACUAGGUUUGGUGUUUAGCAAACAUUUAUUACUUUGGUGGUUGGAGAUUUAUUAUUAUAAAUUUUAGCAUAAUGAAAAAUUAUAUAUCUAUUGCAAUUUAUAAUGUAAUAGCUAAUAUUAUAAUUAAUUUAACAUUUUGAGUAGCUCAUUAAAGUAAUUUAUGUUCAUACAUACUUCCUUGAAUUGAACAUAUUUCUUUGAUAUAGGUAGUUAAAUAUUUAUUGGAAAUAAAUUAUCAUAUUACUGAAUCAUA